UUAGCGGAAACGAGAAUGACGACAUUUUUUCACGCGAACCCUCACCUGGCUCGUAUAAAAGGGAUCUCAUCGGCACAUGCAUGCCGCACAGUUCUCACGUCCGUCUCUUCACCGUUCCUACUUUUCUGCCACUGGAGCUGCACAUCGUUCAAGAUGAAAUACGUCAUCGUAGCAGCUAUUGCCCUAUUCGCUGUCGCCGUUGCUCUUCCUAGGAGCAAGCGAGCUGCCUACGAGCUCCCGGACGGCGUCGAAUUCAUUGUGGGAUCAGUGAAGACCUCAUUCACCUGCCCAGCCAAGAAUGGCUACUUCGCUGACGUAGACAACAACUGCCAGAUCUUCCACGUAUGCAACGUCGUACCUAAGGAUGAUGGCAGCACGGAGGUGCAGCAGUACAGCUUCUUCUGCGGCAACCAGACGGUGUUCAACCAAUUCUCGCUCACUUGCGCCUUCCCUGAAGACGCUGUUCCGUGCCGAAGCUCUCCCGACUUCUUCUACCUCAACGACAAGAUCGGUCAAGAGAAGGCGUUCUUCCAUGACGACUCCGACGUGGCUCGCGCCAUACCGCUCAUCCCGCGGUAUCAGCAGGCCGCUUUCAAGGCAUAAGGAUCAGUCGCAGUAUGCUGACAGGCACUUCAAUGAACCAACCCACGGAAAACGAACCUCAUUAGGGAGUCGCAACAUAAACGUUCUGGUCUAAUGUGGCUCGCAGAGCUCGCUAUCGUGGAACGCCAAUCCACUGACUUAUAUACCCGAUGUUUUUCAUCGCCGAAGAAGGUGGCAUCGGGUACUGUGGCCGCGCUCGGCAAUAAAGAACGCAAUCCCAAAGAACGCUGAGCCUCGUUUGCAGAAAGAUUAGCCUAACUUUCCGGAUAGCGCUUCAUACUAAGGUGACCUAGCCAAAAACGUGAAAGUUGAGAUGGUAUGCGGGGGGCCACAAAGUGGAUCUUCAAACACGAAGGUAGCAAGAACACUUCAAUUUUCGUGAGAACGCGUAGUGAAGUGGCGCUUUCAUAACGCACAUCGCUCAGUUAGUAGUUCCACCAGUGAUGCUCUUAUAAUAAAAUGCUUGCUAAAUGUGUACGAGACACUUUAGGCAAGGACGUUAAUGCUGAGAAGCCUGGCACAUGUAAAGGCCUUGGGAAACGCUCUCUUGGAUGAGAGACCAAGUAUUUAGAAGCUUUAAGCCGUUUUCCUUUCGGUGGCGGUAAAUUAAACUCCUUGUAUUAAGAGUCAAAUCUUUCGUUUCCUGUGGUGUGUCCAACAACUAUAAACGUCACGUAACUUACAGGGUCUAUAAAGGAUGCUGUACUUCUUUCUCCAUUCCUUCAUGAAUAGUUCACAUUACGCAUUUUCAAGCUUCCGUGACGGUAAGAAUGAGUCCCGCUCGGUAAAGCCCGAAUUUACGUUUUUACUUGUAGGUGUGGUGCUUAUUUUACUCUACCUAAUGAAAUCUGCAGCUUGAUGUCUGAACCAACGUAGGACCGAGAAUUUCGUACUUUUGAAGCUUGUUUGUCAUGGACAACUUUCUUGCUCGUUUCCUUGAAAUGCGCUGCGUGUAAUCACUCUACGGGUUUCCAUCGGUUAAAAUGUUUAUUCGCGUGCUUUUAUAUAUUCGAUGGUAUAUGUUUACUACGAAUGCGCGAACCCUGUGUAGUUUCCUUAAGCCCGAAUGAAGCUCUUCGCAGCAUGUAAUAUAAAAUCUCGGCAAAGCUUCACCAGAGGCUGUAAGUUCUCGGGCAUUCUUUUUUCUUGUCUGGGACGAACGUGCACGACAGCGUGUCAUUACGCUUACACGUCUAUGCAAGCAUUGUUUCUGGGGUGCUUGUGGUGAAAGACUGCGCAUGCAAUGGUCUCAUUCCCGUGCUUUCUGGUCUGCUCUGUACAAGUGUACAUAAAUUCAGCGAGGAGCAUCACCGCUACAAAGCAUCGUCUAGAUUGUGUACAUAUUCAAGACGUUGCUCUGCAUCCUAAGCUUUGUAGUCCUUUCAAGAUGACGUCUCACGCAUCCUUCUCGAUGUAACCUCUCUCUCGCCAAUAAACAGCAAGCAGUUCA